AUGCCCAUUCUGGCUCUUUUGCUGCUCUGCUCGUUUCUCGAUAGGACCAACGUCGGCAACGCCAAGAUCCUCGGCCUCGAGUCCGAUGUAGGCAUCACAGACGGCCAAUACUCGCAAGGCCUCGCCGUCUUUUACGCCACCUACAUUGCCUGCGAACUCCCCAGCAACCUCGUCCUCAAGAAAUUCUCCCCGCGCAUCUGGCUCCCCACGCUGACCGUCGCCUGGGGCAUCAUCACCAUGUGUCUCGGCUUCAUCCGCUCCUUUGGCAGCUUCGCCGCCGUGCGCGCCCUGCUGGGCAUCGCCGAGGGCGGCCUCUUUCCCGGCAUCGUGCUGUACCUGUCCAGCAUGUACACGCGCGGCGAGCUGGCUCUCCGCAUCGGCAUCUUCUACACGGCGGCGUCGCUGUCUGGCGCCUUUGGAGGGCUUUUGGCAAGGGGGUUGUCGGCGAUUGGGCCGCGGGGCGGGCUGGAGGGCUGGAGAUGGAUUUUUAUCGUCGAGGGCCUGUUGACUGUUGCUUCUGGCGUCGUUGCCUUUAUCUGGUUGCCGAAUGGCGUUGCCAGCGCAAAGUUUCUCUCGACAGAGGAGCGAGAUUUCGCUUCUGAGAGAUUGGCAAACGACAACGGUGGGCGCUUCAACCCGGCACUCGAAGCAGAAGAAGCCUUCAAGUGGUCCGAGGUCCGCCGCGGUCUCUUCAACGUCCAGAUUUGGCUUACCUCGACGGCCUAUUUUGCCAUGCUCUCGGGAGUCUACUCGUUUGGUCUUUUCCUGCCUACGAUUGUCAAUGCCCUUCAAAUCACGACCAACGCCAACAAAGUCCAGCUCUGGACCGUCAUUCCUUAUGCCGUGGCAACUCCCACUACCGUUGCCGUCGCCCUCAUCUCUGACCGCAUCAAGCUCCGUGGUCUGCCCAUGCUCGUCAUGCUCCCCAUCUCCAUUAUCGGCUACGCCACAAUUGCCCACGUCCAGUCAGCCAGUGUCCGCUUCGGCAUGACUUGCCUCAUGGCCAUGGGCAUGUACAGCUCCGUGCCGUGCGUGCUGGUGUGGAACGCGAAUAACUCGGCGGGACAUUACAAGAGAGCGACGACUUCGGCUUUGCAGCUGGCUGUAGCCAACUGCGGAGGGUUUGUUGCGACAUUUGUGUACCCAAAUAGAGAGGGGCCCGUCUAUCUAAAAGGACACUCUAUCAUUUUAGGAUUGCUGUGCUAUGCGUGGUUUGCUGUCUUAGCCAAUGUGCUUUGGCUAUCCAAGAUUAACAAAGACAAGAAGAUGGGCAAAUACGAUCAAUACGCCGGCUGUGGCGAUGAUCGCGAUCCCGAAUUCGAAAUGAUUCUGUGA